AUGUCUAAUGAUGCUCAGACAAAUGUGCCGAGUUCUACUGGACUCGAGUCGUCGCUCUCGAACAUGAGCGUACAGGGAUCAGCACCAGCUCCAACGAAGAGCGAAAGCGCUUCAGGCGCGGGCGCUCCUAGGAAGCGGUAUGUGCCACCGCACAUGCGUCAUCAACAAGAUGCUGGUAGUGGGCCAGGUGCGCGUGGCUCGAUGGGUGGCUCGCGCGGUCCACCAGCUCUUCCACCAGCCUUUAGUGGUGGACGCCGUGGAUUUGGUGGUAGCGACUCGUCGUCGGGUGCCGGCGGCGGUGGCGGCGGCCGAUGGAGUAGUCUCAGCGGUGGCGGUGGCUGGAACGAUCGUGGCUCACGCCGCAACGAUGGCUUCGGUUCAUGGCGGGACAACAAGCACAUUAUUGGCCCAGUAAACGAGCGUCUGGAGCGGGACCUGUUUGGUGUGCCGGAUGAUGGCAUGCACCAAAGCACGGGCAUCAAUUUUGACAAAUAUGGCGACAUUCCCGUCGAGGCAACAGGACGUGAUGUACCAGAGGCCAUUACUGAAUUCACGCACCCGCCUGUUGACGAGCACCUGAUUUCUAAUAUCAGACUGGCGCGUUAUUCUACACCGACGCCAGUGCAAAAGUACUCGAUUCCAAUCGUCGGCGCCGGUCGCGAUUUGAUGGGAUGUGCGCAGACCGGCUCGGGCAAGACAGGUGGUUUCUUGUUUCCCAUCCUGUCGGCUCUAUUCACGCAUGGUCCUCCUCCGAUGCCGCCGCAGCCACCCAUGUAUGGCCGCCAAAAGGCAUUCCCGUCCGUGUUGAUUCUUGCCCCAACGCGUGAGCUGGUAUCGCAAAUUCACGAAGAGGCACGAAAGUUCACUUACCGCUCAUGGGUACGACCGGCUGUGGUGUAUGGUGGAGCUGAAAUGGGUGCGCAGCUGCGCCAGAUUGAGCGCGGCUGUGAUAUGCUCUCAGCGACGCCCGGCCGUCUGGUCGACCUGAUUGAACGUGGACGAAUUAGUCUGGCGAAUGUGCGCUUCCUGGUGCUUGAUGAAGCUGACCGUAUGCUGGACAUGGGUUUCGAGCCGCAGAUCCGCCGGAUCGUGUUGGGAGAAGACAUGCCAGGCGUUAUGGACCGCCAGACCCUCAUGUUCUCGGCCACGUUCCCGCAAAAUAUCCAGAUGCUUGCCAAGGACUUUUUGAAGGAGUAUGUGUUUCUGUCAGUCGGUCGCGUCGGCUCGACUUCCGAGAACAUUACUCAAAAGAUCGAGUACGUGGAGGACCGCGAUAAACAAUCGAUGCUUCUCGAUGUACUUGCAGCCAUGCCAACGAGUGGCUUGACGCUCAUCUUCGUCGAGACGAAGCGCAUGGCCGAUAUGCUGUCGGACUUUUUGAUCUAUUCGAACAUUGCUGCGACAUCUAUUCAUGGCGACCGCACGCAGCGCGAGCGUGAGUAUGCACUGGACCUCUUCCGCUCGGGCCGCACGCCCAUCCUUGUUGCCACAGCUGUGGCUGCUCGUGGACUGGAUAUUCCCAAUGUCACACACGUUGUGAACUACGACCUGCCUUCGGACAUUGAUGACUACGUUCACCGCAUUGGUCGUACGGGACGUGCUGGUAACAUUGGCCAUGCCACCGCGUUCUUUAACCGCAACAACCGAAAUAUCGUGCGUGACUUGGUCAAAUUGCUUCAGGAAGCGAACCAAGAAGUGCCCUCAUGGCUUGAGAAUGUCGCAUCGGAAAGCGCGUUCUCAACUGGCAGCCGCGGUGGCCGUGGUGGUGGUCGAAUGGGCGGUGGCCGCUUCGGUGGUGGCCGCUUUGGCGGUAUGGGUGGUCGAGACUUCCGCUCAGGUAUGGGCGGCAGCGCAUUUGGACCACGCAGCGGUGGCUAUGGCGGUGGCUACAAUGCUGGUGGGGGCUUCUACAAUGGACCACCGGCGCCCGACCAUUCUAGCAGCGGGCAGUCGUGGUGGUAA